AGAAUAUCAACACUAAGUCACAAGAUUUCAUUUGUAGUGAGGUGGAAUCAAUGGCUGCAUCUUCAUUCUUGCUCAUGUUUCUUGUCUCUCUUAUCUUAAUUGCAGCAACAGUAGAAUCAAGACAAGCAACUGCUUAUUUCCCAGGAUCAGUAGCACAUUCAUCACAAGAAGAAGCUGCCAAGACUCUGAAACAUGAUGAAACACCAUACAAAACUCAGUACUUUCCUCAGAUUCUUGACCACUUCAAUUUCCAGCCUGAGAGCUCCAAGGUUUUCUACCAGAAGUACCUCAUAAACAGCAAGUUCUGGCACAAGGGAGCUCCUAUAUUUGUUUACACUGGCAAUGAAGGGAAUAUUGAAUGGUUUGCUAACAACACUGGCUUCAUGCUUGACAUUGCUCCACAGUUUCAUGCCCUUCUGGUCUUCAUUGAACAUAGAUAUUAUGGGGAAUCGAAGCCAUUUGGUAAUGACUCUUACAAAUCUGCUAAGACAUUAGGCUACCUGACAUCGCAACAAGCAUUAGCUGAUUUUGCUGGCCUGAUCAGGAGCUUGAAACAGAAUCUUUCGUCUGAGGCCUCCCCAGUUGUGGUCUUUGGUGGUUCGUAUGGAGGCAUGCUAGCAGCCUGGUUUAGACUGAAAUAUCCACAUAUAGCCAUCGGAGCUCUGGCUUCAUCAGCCCCGAUUUUGCAGUUUGAUGUCAUAACUCCGUGGUCUAGCUUCUACGAUGCUGUCUCUCAGGAUUACAAGGACGUAAGCUCGAGUUGUUAUGAUGUGAUAAAAGGCAGCUGGGACGAACUGUUUGCUAUGUCAACUACUGCAAAUAGUCUUCCUCAACUCAGCAAAACUUUCAAAACUUGCAAGAAUCUUGAAUCAGUAUAUACUGCAAGAAAUUGGUUAAUGUCGGCUUUUAUUUACACAGCCAUGGUGAAUUACCCGAUGGAAGCCAAUUUCAUGAAGCCGCUUCCUGCUUACCCUGUACAAAAGAUGUGCAGAAUUAUUGAUGAUUUGCCUGCUGGAACUUCCAAGCUCAUUAAAACUUUCGCUGCUGCAAGCUUGUAUUACAAUUAUUCAAGCACAGAAAAGUGUUUCAACAUAGGAAAAGGCAGUACUGAUACUCAUGGUCUCCAUGGUUGGGACUGGCAGGCCUGCACAGAGAUGGUCAUGCCCAUGACUUGCUCGAAUGAGAGUAUGUUUCCUCCAUUUUCCUUUGAUUACAAGCGGUUUGAAGAGGAUUGCUUAAGUACUUUUGGAGUUAAGCCCCGGCCACACUGGAUCACUACUGAAUUUGGUGGAAGUAGGAUUGAACAAGUGCUCAAGAGAUUUGGUAGUAAUAUCAUCUUUUCCAAUGGAAUGCAAGACCCGUGGAGUAGAGGCAGUGUUCUUAAAAAUAUAUCAGAAAGCAUUGUAGCACUGGUAACUAGGGCUGCACAUGGGCUGGGAGCUCAUCAUCUUGACCUCCGCUCUGCAAUAAAAGAAGAUCCAGAAUGGCUUACAAUGCAGAGAAGGCAAGAAGUAGAGAUUAUCCGAAAGUGGAUUGAUCAGUAUCACAGUGACAUCUCCAGUAAUGCAAAUUCGGAGAUCUGAUGCUUAUGGUGAUCUCAUAUUCUAAUUAGUAUAGCAUUCGUGGAUGUGAAUAAUAAAAGUUGAAACAAGUGUUUUAACUGUUAUAUUGAUAUCAGAUGAAAUGGAUGGUCAUUUUAAGAUAAA